CAGCCAAUCAUCGCGAGGGGGCCCGGUCUCUCGUGCCCUCUGCCCCCCCAACGUUCGAAUCGCAGCCGCCAAUCGUGAGGAAGGAGAUCGCGGCUGGUGCUUGUUUACCGCCUAACGGUCGCUGGAGGGGAACAGUGCUGAAACCGGGACACCCCUCCCUCCGGACAGGCAGAGAUGCAGGAUAACAACAGUAUCCUUCUUGGGAAUAAAAUAUGGAAAGUUUGGACUUGGUGAAAACUGUGCAAGAAUUCUCUCAUUCUUCUAUAGAAUCUGACAUCAGAAGUUCCUACAACUCUGGCUGUAACUUGAAUACUAACAGAAGUAGUCCCUCGUCCAAUCCGAAUGGAGUUUCCAGUUUCUCAGGGAAGACCAGCCGCUCUGUAAUUCCUGUUGAAGUGCUGGCCUCCUUUAUGCACGAUAUACAAAAGAGUGGAGGAACAGACUCAGAAGUUUUGAAGAACUGUGAGACUAGGUGGAUACAGUUAUUCAAACUGGUGGAGAAACAGUGUCAAGAGCAGAUAGUUGUCCAGCAAGAGCAGUUCCAUCACCAAAUCCAACGUAUACAGAAUGAGAUAAGACACUUAGUGAAGUUGCAGAACAGUAAUGCUUCAUGGGAUUCCUUCAACAGCAAAAGUUCUCCCGCUAAACAUGCAAACAAUUUCUCUUCGCUAGAAAGUCAAAUGGGGUUUUGUUCUGAAACCUUUGAAGAAACUGGGUGCAUUGUCAAUCAGCUUAAAUCUAAUGAAGCUGAAAGUCAGCCAAAAGCAUCUGCUGAGCAUCAAGAGUGUUGUGUAAAUAGUAUUUCAAUGAGCAGUGGGUAUGGUACCCUUUCUGCAUCAGAACUGAAUCCUAGGGAAUCUAAAGACAUUAAGAAGUGCAUGGGCUACCCAGAGAAGAUUUCAAAAGGACAAGGUGAUGCACCUGUGACAAAGAAGGAUUCAAUUGCAGCCAGUGUACAAGCUAAAAAAGAAUUUAUACAAAAAACUGAGAAAUAUUGUCCAUCACUAAAAGAUGGUGUCUUAGUUUUUCCUGCUGAAUUUGAGCAUGAGGUUACUGAAGGUCAUUGUGGAAAAACAAACUGUAAAUAUCUAACAUCAUGGGCACAAAAGCUGAAACAAAACCAACCGAAAAGAACAAAUACUGAAGAAGAAGUAGAGUACGUGAACUCUGUGCAAGGAAAUGAGCAAGCAAAGAAAUUAACAUUUGAGAAGACUAGUGUUACUGCUGCUGCUUCACCGUCUUACACUUUUUACCUCAGCCAACCAAAUGAAAGUCCAAAUUCCUUAGCAUCUGACGCUUCAGGACUUACAUACUGGAAACUAGAUGAAAAGGAAAUGUAUCACUCUUUGCCUGAAAAUUUCAGAAAUGAAUUUUCUAGUAUUUUUGUCACAAAAGUGUCAUCUGAUCAGUCGUCUUCUGGUGAUGAGAUGAAGCCAUCAUUGAAGGAUAUUUAUCAUAAAAAACAAAGGGAAAGCAAGCAGCUGCCAGAAUGGAAUCUCAUUUCUCCAGCCCAGCCAAGUCACCCACCAGAGGUCUUAACACUAGAUCCAACAUUGCACAUGAAACCCGGUGAGCAGAAUCCAGGACAUUGUUUUCUCAGUACUCUUGAUGAGAAGACUCCUUUUUCUCCAGACUCUAUAGCGGAUCCCACUUUUUCAAGUCAUUCGGACAUCGAUUCAUUUUCACAUACAAGCAAUAUAACUUCACCUCAACUACGUGGUUCUCCAAAAUAUACUUCCAGCACUAAAGUUUUACAUUUGGACCCCUGGGAAAAUAAUGCAUUCCAAAAUGAAACCAAGAUUGGCUGCUCUUUUCCGAUGCCAUAUGCAGAUACUAGUAAUGAUCUGUUAAUCAACACUGAGGAUGAAGAAAGUUUAACUUUAACUCCAUCUUCGAUCAUCCAGUCCCAGCUUCCAUGUGCUGACAACAAUUUACCAGAAUAUAGUAUUUCAGUGACAUCCUUCGAAGAUCCGGUGAUGUUGUCACAGAUUAGGCAGAACUUGAGGAAAAAACAUGCCCGACACAUAGCUGAUCUACGAGCUUAUUAUGACUCCGAGAUCCAUAGCUUAAAACAACAACUUGAGGAAAGCCAUAAAACUGCUUCAUCUGAAGAGCUGAAGAAAAUCAAUCAAAAUCUUGUUGAUAGGUGUGACGAGUUAGAUGCUGCUCUCAAUGAAGCUAGUACUCGCAUGAGAACCCUUGAAAAUAAGAAUAAUAUGCUAGAAAUGCAAGUGACAGAUUGGAGAGAACGCUUUUAUGCAGUCAGUAAUACUUCCAAAGUUUUGCAAGAACGUAUUGAAGAAAUGCGCACAAGUCAUAAAGAGAAGGAUAACACUAUCAGCCGACUAAAAUCUAGGCUUAAGGAUCUAGAAGAAGCAUUUGAACAGGCUUAUAAGCUCUCAAAUAAUAAAGAUGCCAGGUUAAAGGAAGAAAAUAAAAUGCUUCAAGAUCUUCUGGGAGAAUAUGAAUCCCUUGGAAAAGAACAUGAAAGAGUAAAGGAUACAUUGAAUGCAACUGAAAAUAAAUUGGUUGAUGCAAACACCCAGAUUUCUGAUUUGAAAAGAACAAUUUCAAAACUCGAAGCUCAGAUCAAGCAGGUAGAACAUGAAAAUAUGUUGAAACUCCGUCAUAUUACUGAAAGUCAUUUAAGAACAUCUCAUGCCAACAAGCUGACAGCUUCUGAUGUAAACAGACGGAAGUGGUUGAUACCAGGAGCAGAGUAUUCAAUCUUCACAGGCCAACCUUUAGAAAAUCAAGAGAACAUUAUGGAUAAUAGACUGGAGGAAACCUACAUUCCUUCUAGGCACCAUUCUCCUCCUGAAAAGGACCCUUCACUAGAAGACUCUUCAACAAAUGUAAUGGCAAAAAAAGAAAAUGAGGUACCAGACACACCAAUCAUGAAAGCCUUUAAAGAACUUGAAGAGGGAAAAGCAUUUAAAAGUUGGGGCACACAGACAGAAAAAGAAGACACUUCAACUAAAACAUCACAUAGACGUCAAACUGUUGGAUUUAAUGAAAGCACUUUUAGUGCCAAUCGGUCCCCAGAGAAAUGCAGAGAUCAACAAAGACCAAAAAGAUAUAGCUCACCUAGUGGGCAGAGGUCAUCAUCCCUCCCACCUUCAAACAGGAAGGCAAACAUUCCAAGAAGAGAAAUAAUGUUGGCACCAGUGUCAGUGACAUACAGCCCAAAACGAUCUCCAAAAGAAAACCUGUCUCCAGGAUUUAGCCACUUGGUUGGCAAAAACGAAAACACAAUGACUAGAUUCAAUAUACUUCUGGAUGAUUUGGAAACUGCUCCUACCUCUACAUUACAACAUAGCAAUCCAAGAAAACGACUCCAGUUUCUUUCACUAGAUGAUAUAGAAGGAAGGCAACAUUCAGGUAAAGGCAUUGACAGCUGUGUUAAACAUAGUUCUUGCACUGAAUCUUUGCACACUGGAAUGAAGAAGGGAACUGUGGCGUCUGCUUGGGAAGAGAGGAACAUACCACACAGAAAUGAACAAAGUAUUCCUCCACCAGUAGUACCUUAUGAUGCUGAUUUCAAGUAUACAUCAAGAAUUAAGACAUUGGCUGAAACUGAGAGACUUUUUGAUGAACUCACACAAGAAAAGCAACAGAUUGAGGCUGCACUGAGUCGAAUACCUAGUAGUGGGGGAAGAACAACCUUACAAGCAAGAUUAAACCAGGAAGCCUUGGAAGAUCGCUUGGAAAGGAUUAAUAGAGAUUUGGGCUCAAUCCGUAUGACACUGAAAAGAUUUCAUGUUUUACGUACCUCUGCAAAUCUUUGAGACUUGUAUCUAUUAAAUUCAGAUAUGCUUUUGUUUGCACUAAUGUAUAAUUAUGCACUCAGCAAAUGCAAAUUGUUUUGUAUUUUUGUAAACCCUCAAUAGUAGUUUUAUAACCAUGUUAUCCUUUAAACACAGCAAUAUUUUGUACUUCAAAUAGCCACAUAUAUUUAAACAUAUUUUCUUACACUUGAGAAAUCAAUGUUAAUCGUGUAUUUUACUAUUUUUUUAAAAAUGUGAAUUAUUUUUAAAUAGUGUAUAAGAAUUCAGUUUAUAAUAAGGAAGGUAAACUGAGGCAGCUUGUUUUCUGAACAAAAUCAUGUUGUAAUCCUUUUGCAGUUCAUUUUGCUCACCAUUUUUAUAGAGAUUAAUAGCUACAUUGUAAAUAAUAGGUACUAUGACAUUUUGAACUUUUUAUAUUAUGCAGAAAGCAACACAAAGCUUCUGUGGUGAAUAUAACUACAAGCAUAUGGUAAACACCUUUUAUUUAAAAUAUUGUAGCUUGGUUUUUAAUUUGCUGUUGUUGUGACACAUCUUAAAUAAAUGCAUGUCUGCAAACUGGAAUUCUAUUAAAUAUCCAUUUGUAUAAAUGCACAGAAAGUAGUUAUACAAACUGAAUAUUUUUGUUUCAAAAUUGUAUUUCUUGUGUGAUGGGGUGAGGAUAUUACAGAGCCACGUUAAUUAAAAAUUAUUUUAGUGUUGAGACUUACUAAUUUAUUUAGAAUCCUGUUGGAAAUAUUCAGGGCCAAAUUCUGUUCCAUGCCAUCUGGUCUUAUCCUCAAAUAUCUCAGUGUUGGUAAAUAAGAACUCCCCUCCCAAGAGGCUU